AAAAAAAAAAAAAAAAAAAAAAAUUUUUUAAUAAUGUGUUUAUUAACCGACGAAAGUAAGAGACAUAUUAAAAAAAAAUGGAAUCGGGUAACUUCCUCAAUAUGGACAAAAUUAUUCUCCGCAAUAUUUACCAUUCAAUUUGGUUUAGUGGUAUUUUUUCAAUCGAGAGUUUUAGUGAGAAAUUAUUCAAUAUACAAUGAUGAUCGUUUUAAAGAAGCAUAUAAAUGCGAUAAAGAUGAAGACAAUUCUGUUGAAUAUUUAUUUGCUUUCUCGGCUAUACAAAGUUUAGUUUUUAUGGUUUUACAAUUAUAUUUAGUAUAUUUCGGGUUAAAUGCGAUAUUUCACGAGCAUAUAAUACAAAUUAUUACACUCGUAGCUUUGAAUUUUGGAAGCGCUGCAUAUUCUUUGGUUCAAUUACUUCAAAUCAAAAUUCGUGUAGAUAGAAUACAAAAUAAUGAUAAUUGUAAUGCAGGAUUAACCGGAUUCGAUAUAGAUUGGUUAAGAGUAGAUUUACCACAAGUUUUAACAUUAACAACAAUUUCAGUUAUAUCUGCAAUCAUAGCAAGUAAAUUAUAUAGACAAUUUGGAUGGAGCGUUUAUAAAAGGAUUGGUGGUGAUUUACGAAUUCAAAGAAUAUAUAGGAGUAAUUUGAUAUUUAUAAUGUUACUUAAAUUGAAUCUGUUCUUUUGGAUAAUAUAUAUAAUACCUACAGUAAUUGUUGCACUUAAAAUAACUGACUUUAGUGGUGGAAAAGUAGUUGAUGUGGUAUUAAUAGCAUAUCAUGGUUUUGCCACUCUACUCGCUUUAAUUUUACAAAUUUUAGCGUACAGUUCUAUAAAAAGGGAAUCAACGGCAGGAAUGAUAGCAUUCUCUGUAUUAUGGACAUUAAUUGUUGCUGAUUAUGGUCUAUUAAUAUACGCAUUUGUUAGAUUAUUAAUACUUGGAUCUUACUUUAUGAUAAUAUUUACAAGUGUAUUUGUGGUAAUUGCUUUGGUAACAUUUGUUUUUUCUAUUAUAGUAACAGUAAAUUUUGGUAGAGGAUUAAAAGAACUUAUUGAAAAUUAUAAGUAUAGAUUGAGACCGAGACCAACUACUAUUGAUAUACCAACGUUAAAUGUACCACCGGGUACAUCAAGUUCAUCGGUAUAUUCUCCUGCUUCUUUAAUGUCUCAACAACAUCCUCCUACAUCUCCAUUAAGUUUAAGUGAUAGUAUUAGUAAUUUAAGUGAUGAACAAAAAAAGAAUCAACAACAAAAAGAUGAUGAUCGUUGGACUAUUGAUGAUUAAAAAAAAAAAAAGUUAUUUAAUUAAUAUUACAAAAAAAAAACUAUAUAACUAAUAUAACAUUUAAUCUUAUAAAUAUUUUCCCAUUAAUUUAUAUUAAUUUAUUAAUAAUGUAGAAAAUGUAAACAUAAUUAUGUAUUAUUAUAUGUAUACUAUCUUAUUAUAAUUCAAUAUUAAUAUUAUCAUCAAGAAUUUGCAUCUUUACCAAUUAAUUUAUUUUAUUAUUUGAAAUUGUGCUCAAGAAGAAUUUGAAGAAUUUGGGGAUAAAUCAAGAUAUUGAUGUACCAUGUGACAAUAAUUUAGUUUCUCAUCCCGUGAUAUUACUUGCGAUACAAAAAAAUAAAAUAAAAAAAGAUGCAGAACAUCCAAUUGAUGUUACUGUGAUUUUAUUCAAAAUUAAAAUUAGAAAA